AUGAGUGGCAAUGGCCAUGAGCAUGCGAUAGCAUACACUGGAACGACACAAGAGGUGUAUGGAGCGAAGGCGACAAUAAACGUGUGGGACCCUUCCAUAGAAGUGGUCAACGAGUUCAGCCUCUCCCAGAUUUGGAUUCUUUCUGGAUCAUUCGACGGCUCAGAUCUGAACAGCAUAGAAGCUGGUUGGCAG